AUGACAAACUUGUACGAAUACAGACAUCCAAUCAUUAACGCUAAUCUACUACCUGGUUUAGACUCUUCUUCGGCCCCCAAAUUCCCCACUUUGGAAGCAUGGUACAACGCAAUCAAUGAUUAUGAAUUCCAAUCUCGUUGUCCCAUCAUUUUGAAAAAUUCACAUAAGAAUAAACAUUUUACCUUUGCCUGUCACUUGAAACAAUGUAAUUUUAAAAUUUUAUUGAGUUAUUGUGGGAAUCAGAAGGAUAAUAAUGUCAUCCCUAUUAAUCAACAUGAUCAUCAGCAACAACAUACAGCUGAAAAUUCUAAUGAUCAAGUCGCCUUACCAUUACCAUUUAAGGACAAUGCUGGCAAUGAUCUAAGCGGUAAUGAAACAGAAAACGAAGAACAUGAUGAGGAGGAGAAUCAACAGCAACAACAGCAACGUCAUGACAACCAAUCACAAGACGUUAACGAUGCAUUGUUGAACGUCCAACUUACUGAACCCACUCAUGAUGACGCUUCAAAUAAAAAUACGGAACAACACUCGUCGCUAAAGCAAGAACCUACUUCUUUGGAUAAUGAAACUCGUCUUCUUGGUAAUGACGAUGAUGAAGAGGAUGAUGAAACAAGGAAAUAUACUCAAACGGAUGCCGCUGACGAAAGUGUGGACGCUGCCAUGGCUGCUGCUGUAGCUGCAUCCGCUUUACACAAGGAUUCUGACUCAAAGGCACCUUCAACAACAGGAACAGGCACUGCUAGAGUGACAACUCCAACGACAACUAAUGAAAUAACGACAAAUCAUAACAAUGAUACAAUUAUUUCUCAAAAUUUUAGCCCAUUUGUCACUGAUGCAAUUAUGGAUUCUCAAAGAUCUCAAAGAUCGAAAGAAACGAUUUUGGGUCCUUUCAUGGUAACAAAGAUGGAACUAUAUCAUUCUCAUUCUUUGGAACAGAACUUAGAUUUGGAUCAAUUUGUUUUAACUAAGAUUCCAAGAAUCUUACAGAACGAUUUGAAUUUUGAUGAAACUUUGGAAGAAUUAUAUUCAUCCCAUGACCACAAUGAUGUCACUAAAUUUAGAGUCUCCGGUUUCGUGGAAGACUCGGGGAUCAUUGAAAUUAUUAAAUCAAGGUAUGGUCUUGGCGAUGAAUAUUUUACAAAGAAAUAUAUUUCAUUAAUUGCAAGAAGAGUCACAACGUAUAAGGCAAGAUUCGUAUUGAAGAUGAAGAAGAAUGGUACCUUUAAUAUGCCACCAGGGGAUAAUCGUGUUGCUCCAAAUAUGACAGUAAACUAUGACAGACAAAGAGCUCAAGUACAUUUGGAACAACAACAACAAUUAAAGCAACAGCGUCAAAAGCAAAGAAAAUUAUUAGAAUCCAAGAAUCUAGAUUUGUUUAGCCCUGAUAGGUUACUGGAACCUGGUAAGUCCUUAACGGGAGAAAAUAAUAACGAAGAGGCCAAUAUAAAGGAUUCUAAGAUAAAUAAGGAAAAUUCCAUAACAGCAAAUGAUGAAAAUAAUAAUAAUAGCAAUACCAGUAAUGAUAAUAACGACAACAAUAAUUCAAACAGUAUAGAGGGUGCGUUAACAUCCAUUGCUGAUCAAGUUCGCGAAUAUCAACAACAGCAACAUUUAUUAGCUGAUACCGCUUCUGAUGUAGAAGCUGUCGCUCAAGCAACUUUAAAUGAAUCAAAAAGACCGCUAGCAGAUGAUAUAGAUAACCAAACAAACUCUAACAACAGUAAUAUAAAGCGUCUAAAAGCUCUGGUAAAUGGAAACUCAUUAGAGGAAUCACCAUUGGGAACCUUAGAAGAUGUUACUGAUGAUAAAUUACCUCAUGAUGUUGCUGAACAAUUGAGAUUAUUAUCUUCACAUUUUAAAGAAGUAGAAAAUCAUCAGUUGAAUCAACAUUCAAACGUAUUGGAUGAUGCAGACGUUACAUUACAAAAUAUAGAUGGUGACAACGAUGAUAGUGCUUCCCACGUAUUGAGAGAUCAUGUAACUGAUGACCCAAAUAUGAAGAUGAAAAAUGAUAGUGACAUUUCUGAUGAAAAUAUUCAACCUGAAUUAAGAGGGCAAUGA